CAUGUAAACGCAUAUAGUCGGGCGUAUACCAGUCAACAGCGAAUUCUCAUCUGGAAAACGACAACCUGACGCGUUCGCGAAUUUUAUACGGUGCGGCUGGCGCUAAGGGAUAUUACUGAUGUCCUUUUGUGGAAAAUUUUCACGUUACGGGAACGGUCUGAAAAACCAAUCCAAAUUCUAGAGAAACUGCGCGUUUAAAGUGGCUCAACAGAAAAUACGUAGGAAGAGCUGACAGUGAAAUCGGAGUUAAGACGGUACAUGCAGUGUGUAUCCCGAUUAUUUGCUGAGUCCUCUUAUUUUUAGUUCUAUUUAUUUUGACCCGUUUCCUGCAUUCAGAUCUUGUGAUAGUGUAAUUGAGAGGCAAAUACAGAUGAAUGUGCUUAUCCACCGCCGCUGUGAAUGUGAUGUCACCCGAAUUUAAUGACAUAAGUUUGUGUCCCGUCGAUCGCUAAAAUGCUACCCUUAGCAGGACAUCCCCCGUCCGCCUCAUCGGUCAUUUAGUAUCAAUGUAAAAUGCUAGUGGCCACCUAAAGGGCAUCAAAUAGUCCAAAACUUCGUCCUUUUAAUAUUAUUAGUCACGGAGUUUCUCAUUUCACUUGUAGCGAAUUUUGUGUGGUGACACAUAUUUUUGGUGUCCGCGACGGCUUCAGUGGGACCUAUGUCACGAAAUACGAUGACAUGGAAGUGAAUGUGGUCUAGGUUAAUACUACAGUUGAAAGGACAAUGUUUUAAUUAGUGCGUAUUUAGUGAAUUCAAAGUUAGCACUUCUGUGCGAUAAAGUUCGUUCGUGGCUCAAAGCAAGUGCUGGAAAUUCGUCAGGUUCAAAUUCAGUGUGGCUUCGCCGGUGACGAUAGAAUUGUUAUUGCAUCCAGCAUUCUCUGCCUAGUUUUUGUGCUUGUGCAAGAUCACGGAAUCUCAUUCACACGACAUAGUUCCAGUGCUGACCUAGCUUUAAGGAUUUUCAACGGUAGUACUCUUUUGGAGUUUCCUGCACAUGUAAAUGCGGCUAGAAUGUUACUCAUCUGAUGUGCAGAUUUGGAAAAUUCAAAAACAGUUGAAGUUAUCUAUUACUUGGAGAAAAAUACUGAUAUGACCGCCAACUCGCUGGGAAUCAGGACUGUAUAAGAUAACCUAUCGGCCACGAUUCCUCUUCACUAGGUGAUUAUCAACCAAUUUUAUACUACAUACGUCGUUGCUGUAAAUGCAAUGCUACGAGAUUAGUUCUUCUAACCCCAUCAAAUGCUAAUUGGUGAAGAUGUCUAAUGUGAAAAUAAUGAUUAAUAUACAUAAAAGUGAUAUGUGACAUGACUGCAUAUGAAGAAGUCGACGCUGCUACGAAUGUCCAAAACUAAAUUAAUACUGAAUAUCCAGAAAAUAGUAGAAUAAAUCUAUAAACGGCGCUUCAAUGAAAUCGAGAAAUUCUGCAAGAACUCCAUUUCAUCAUAAUAUCAUGUCUGGGUCCAUGUCACAAUCAUUCACGUCUUCUGCAAAAAGCUAAUAACGUGUUUACUGCUGUUAAGCAGACAAAACGUAGAACAAGCCAGAAAGCAGAAAAAAGCUGUUUGUGCAGUGAACCACAAAAAACCUCAUUCCCAGUUUACGUUGCUGCACAAGGAGCUGGAUCUUGGCCUGAAACUAGGACAAACAUGUAACAUACACACAGUUUGCAAAAAAUCAUCAUCUAGAGGAAGUGCUGUAACAUUAAUCAUUACACAAGACCGGAGCGUAAAGUGGACGCGGAAAAAAUCAACAGAGCGUGUGAGACGUGCAUGAAUGUGGUGUCGUGGUUGUCGUCCUUGUGCUCCUCCAUUUCAAGUGCAGUAGUUCGGUGUGAGUGCAGUGUAUAUACAUCUGUAGUAAGAUAGUUGCAGCAAGGAUCCUCUUCAUUGUGUUAUAAUGCUGAACAUGUUGGAAAUUCGCGUUAUCCUCUUAUGCCUUCCAUCCAUUCUGCUAGCGACAACACUAGAGUCAGCCAAAAGUCUAAUCAGUACACAAAGUCCAUCAACCGCGGAGAUGCCAAGACAAAUAAUAAAACCUCCAAGACAAAAAUCAAUACUGACAGACAAUGACUGGAAGAAGUUGUGGGUAGAAGCUGGCGCAAUCAAUUCGAAUUCGAAGGGUGGCGAUAGCAAUAAUUUGGACACCAGCGAUAGUCCUAUGUUUGAGGACAGUGAGAUGAUGGCACAUAAUACCACCGUCCAAUUAGGAGGAACAGCAUUUCUUGUUUGUAAAGUCGCCGGAGUGGACAGAGUGGGUGUAAAUUGGAAUCAAAUAUCCUGGAUAAGACGACGAGAUUGGCACAUAUUAUCGUCUGGCGCUCAAAUGUAUACGAACGACGAACGAUUCGCCAUUUUGCACACGCCUGGUUCAAAUACGUGGACGCUCCAAAUAAAGUUUGUACAAAGAAGGGAUCAUGGAAUGUAUGAAUGUCAGGUAUCCACAGCAACGGGCGUUAUCUCACACUUUGUGAAUCUUCAAGUUGUCGUCCCAGAAGCUUUCAUCCUCGGAUCUGGUGAACUACACGUUGAUAUGGGAUCAACUAUCAAUUUGGUUUGCAUUAUUGAGAAGAGUCCGACACCGCCACAGUACGUGUAUUGGCAGAAAAAUGAUCAUCUAAUUAAUUAUUACGAUUCCCGACGAGAUAUUACAAUCGAAACAACACCUGGAACACGUACGCAGAGUCGUCUGAUAAUUAGGGAGCCCCAAAUAGCUGACUCGGGCAAUUAUACGUGUUCGGCUAGCAACACCGAACCAGCUAGCAUAUAUGUUUUUGUCUCAAAAGGAGACAAUAUGGCAGCAAUUUCUAGGCGUAACACAUCAUCAGCUGAUCGACUUGCAACGAUAUUAAGGAGCUUAUUAGUUCCCUGCGUUCUAGUUAAUAUUUUAGCAUUUCGAUACUUAUUCUUAACUUAGGGCUAAAGUCGUAAAUCUAGUAGCGAGUGGACCCAAAUGUCCGUGCUGUAUGUAAAAACGUAUUCGAAUUUUUGUAAAUAAUUUAUUAAGUAACACAAAGACCUAUAAAUAAAUUAAUGUUAAAAAUAUUUUAAUUGAAAUACAUAAAUUUAAUAAAUGAAAAGAAUCUACCUAGAAAUCAUUAGUUAAAAAUCCACAAUUUGAAAGAAAUAAUAAUGAAUGUAUAAUUCUUUGUUCAAAACAAAGUUUUCUAAUACAAACAUAUAUUUGUUACAUAUACGAAUACAUAUAUAUAAAUUACUGCAUCUGUACAGUUUUUGUAUUGACCCUGUUUCUGUUUCUUUUUUCCAAUGAUAAUCGUCUUGCCUUUUGUUUCAAAAACAUAGUAAAUUCAAUGAUAAAGAAAACAGAAAGAAGUAAAUGAAAAAUACAAAUUAUAAGUAAUAUAAAUCGAAGAAUAGAAUAAUAUUGAAAUGAAACCAUUAAGAAUAAACCGAAACAAAACAAUUCAUUUUAAGAAUUCAUGUAUAUACAAAUUGGAAUUAUCUGGAAGAAAUGAAGUGAAAUAAAGUCUCUAAAUUAAAAUGAA